AUGACUCCGCCACUCCUCGCCCUCGAAGAGCACUUCUACUCAAACGCCAUCUUCAACUCCAUUGGCGAAACCUUCCGGCAAACCCUGCAAGGCGUGCCCGGGCUCGCCCACCAGCUCAGAGACUUCGGAGACGCCCGAAUCGACGCCAUGGAUCAGGGCAACAUCUCAUUCCAAAUCGUUUCGCACGCAUUUACUCCGGGAGGCCCCAGCGUUGCAGCCUGUCAGACAGGCAACGACGAACUGGCGAGCAAAAUCGCGCAAAGCAGCUCCCCGAACCGAUUCGCAGCCUUUGCAGUGCUUCCUGUUUCCGAUCCUGCGGCCUCGGCGGCCGAGCUGGAGCGCAGCGUCUCGGCUCUCGGAUUCGUCGGUGCCCUAAUCGACAACCACGCUGACGGGAAAUACUUUGACGGGCCCGAUUAUGACGUCUUAUGGGCACAGGCCUGUGCUCUUGACGUGCCUAUCUAUUUACAUCCGACUUGGCCCUCGGCGCGCAUGGCCGAGAAUUUCAUGGGCUCGUAUCCUGUCCCUGUGGGUAUUAGUCUGGGGGGCCCGGGCUGGGGCUGGCACGGCGAUGUCGGGCUGCAUGUGCUGAAGCUAUUCGCGGCGGGCGUGUUCGAUCGGUUCCCGAGGUUAAAGAUUAUUAUUGGGCAUAUGGGUGAGACACUGCCGUUUAUGCUGGAGCGGGUGAGUGAUAUGAGUACGCGCUGGGGUGGAUGGGGAGCCAGAGAGAGGCCGCUGCGCCAGGUCUGGGAUGAGAACAUCUGGAUUACCACUUCUGGAAGCUGGAGCCUGGCUCCACUCAAGUGCGUAUUGCAUAAUACGAAAGUGGAGCGCAUUAUGUAUAGCGUGGACUAUCCGUUUGAGUCUAAUGAGAGAGGGCUGCAGUGGUUUAGGGAGCUGGAGGACAGUGGGCUGUUGACGGAGGAGCAGCUGGAGAUGGUGGCAUAUCGCAAUGCUGAGAAGCUGCUGCAAGUUAAGGUGUAG